AUGUCAUUCAUUGCGGAUAUUGACACCGCGGUAGAUGAGGAUAUCGUCAGUCUGCAAGUGAAAGUCAGCGCAGUCGCAUGCGACGAUCCCGAGAACCCCAGGCUGCACUACAAGCUCGCUCAGUCACUGCUUGAGAAAUACCAGAGGUAUGGAAAGGCAGCCGAUGAUCUUUCCGCUGCCAUCUUCCAAGCCACCACAGCUGUCGAGAAGGCCGACAUCCUGGAUUCUGCUGAGCGGGAUGAAAUGGCUGCGACUCUUUCUCGCAUGGUCUUUCUACAGGGGGACCAACUGCGAACGCCGGAAAGUCUAGAGGCUGCCCUGGAAAGGGGACUCCAGACGACCACGCUACUUUCGGAUUCCUCGCCACAUUUCCCUAUGUUAUGGUACAACCUGGCACAAAUCUUGCUUUGGCGUGGGAAGUCUCAACAAGAUGAAGAUGACCUAGAAGCAGCCCUCCAGUAUGCCAAGGAUGCAGCUGACUGCCAGAAGGAGGAUGAUUUCUACUAUCCCUUGUUCUGCUACACCAUUUCUGAGAUAUUAUUUCGGCUUUCUCAUUUGAGGUCGAGUCCGCAGGAUCUGGAGGAAUCCUUAUCCCAGCUGCUGGAAUCGAAAAGGACGAUGAGAGUCGACCAUCCCAUGCAGUAUGGGCUGCAUAGAUCACUCGAGUCGAUUUACAAGGAACGAUUUCGCUACACACUGGAUUAUGUGGACAUUGUGAAGGCAUCAUGUUACUUCACUCAGCGGUCUAGCAUGCCGCCCCCGCCCACCAACAUCCAUGAAGAUGGAUAUCGCCCUUCGAUUGUUCAUUUGCGUCGCUUUGAUCGCUCCAAAGAUAUCUGUGAUCUCGAUGAGGCAAUCCGGCAGACCAAGAAUGAGAGGAUCUCUCUGAGCCAGAACUCUGUGAAGCGAGCUUCGGCUUCGUUGGAAUUGGCAGAGAUGUUCGGGAUCAGGUUCAGCCGCCUUGGUGAAGUACAAGAUGCUAAAGAAGGCAUCUUCUUUGCCAAGGAAGGACUUGAUCUUAGGAUGAAAAACAACAUGGAACCUAUAGGUGCACUGCAGUCCCUUUGUUGUCGUCUCUUCAAUCACAAUGAGGAGUUGGAUGUCAGCAAAGAUGUCGAGGAAACUAUCAACAUCAUCACGAGCAUGAUCCCGGUUUUUACAGCUUGUCUCCAUGACCAUUUUAAUCGUACCGGAGACGAAAGCAGCAUGAACGAAGCUGUUACCACUGGAAGACGUCUGGUGAGCCUUCUCAACCGAGAGCACGAAGACUGGAAUAGGGCAUUCAUCCAGUUGGCCCGACAGUUAACCAACCGGGCCUUGAGAACUGGAAAUGCGGCUGAGCUUGAUGAAGCCAUCUCAAUCUACGAAGAUGUCAGUGAUGCUCUACCCGAUGAUCACUUUUUACGCCUACGAAACGUUGAUGCUCUGUCCACCAUGUACAAUAUACGAUAUGACCGCAAACGACAAAUCUCCGACAACGAUAAGGCCAUUGCCAUGCUGAAAGAUUGCAUCAACCGUACAACACAAGCGUCUCAAGAACGGGCUAUCAAGCUUCUCAACUUGGGAAGCAGCUUAUCCCGUCGCUUCCGGCGGACGAGACUUUUGACACAUCUUGAAGAGGCAAUCUCAAAGUACGAAGAGGCGCUCGAGACGCCCUUCACACAAGCAAACCAAAGCGUGAAGGCUUCCUGCCUGUACAGUAUGGCACAGCUUCGACAUCAACGUUAUGAAAUGACAGGAGACGUGGCUCAUUUGGAUAUGGCCGUUGAGCAGGGGAGGUCAGCUGUGACAACUCUGGCGGAUUCUCAUCCAGAACUGGCUAGAGCUCACCUCAACUUGGGCAGCUCACUCCAAGACCGAGCAACAGAAACGGGGAGGCUUGACGACAUCGACUCGGCUCUCAACAGCUUCAGAACUGGAAGCCAUCUUCAAUCUGGCGAACCGAUCAUAAGAAUCAAUUGCGCGCAUCGUGCAAUGGGCAUUCUAGCCGAACAGAACGAUUGGGCUGAGGCUGAGAGGAUAGCAGACGUUGCUGUCAGUCUCAUACCACGAGCCUGCUCGCGAAAGCUCAGCCAAGAUGAUCAAGUGCACGCACUUCGCAACAUUUCCGAGGUAUCCGCAGACGCCUGUUCGAUCUUAUUACGGUUAGGAAAGGUUGAAAAGGCCUUGCAGCAUAUCGAGUACGGCCGUGGCCUGGUUCUUGGUUAUCUCAUUGAUGAGCAGAGCGAUCUGUCGGACCUGAGAAUGCGAGACUUCUCCUUGGCGCAGGAAUACGAAUGCCUGCGCACCAGGGCUUCUAGUGCAAGCACCGACUUGGAACCUAUAUAUCAAGAGAUGGACGUCUGUGAAUCGAAGAUUCGUCAGAUUGAAGGCUUCGAAAGGUUUUUGCUGCCGCCCUCUCUGGAGGAAUUGCAAGAUGCCGCUUGUGAAGGCCCAAUAGUUGUCGUCAACACGUCCAAAUUUGGAGCAGACGCUAUCAUCAUCACCAAACAUUGCUUCAAGGCUGUGGCGCUUCCCAAAAUGUCAUCCAAUUGGAUGAUUAGGGGCGCUGGACAUGGAACGGAAGAGCAGAGGGGUCAGCGAGACAUCAAACCAGAACGUGCUCCAAGAUUGAACGAUAUGGCACUGGAGUGGCUGUGGUCUGCUUGCGUCCAUCCCAUUCUCAAGCAGAUCACGAAAGACCUCGACCAAAAGCCGAGUGCUACGGACCUGCCCCGUAUAUGGUGGAUUGGUGCUGGAUCUGCUAGCAGCUUUCCGUUUCAUGCGGCCACAAGUUCCAACGCGGAAGCUCCUGGCAGCACUCUCGACGUGACUAUUUCGUCGUACACGUCGACCAUCAAGGCUCUGCAGAACGCUCGAAAUCGCGCUUUGAGAGGACAGAAACAGGACCGCGUCGAUCCAUACAACCUUUUGGUGGUCACUAUGCCCAGCACGCCCGGUGGGACGCCUCUUCCUGGCGUAACACGUGAGCUUCAAGCGAUCAAGGCUGCCGUAGAUGGCACAUACAGCAUCACGGAACUUGAAAAGCCCAACGCCCGUCAAGUUCUGGAUGCUGAAGUGAGCGCGUCCAACCUGAAGAACGAGGGUCUGCACGCAACAAGCGCCUUCCAAGCUGCUGGAUUCGGUCAUGUGAUUGGCUCCAUGUGGCCAGUCAGCGACGAGGUUUCCAUCGAAGUUGCCCAACUCUUUUAUGAGUUCUUGAGCAAACCCAAAUCCGAGGUUGUCUCGCCGAACAGGUUGGUUGCAGAGGCUUUGAGGAGCGCUGUAAUCGAGGUUCGUAAGCGCCAUACUGACAAUGCUGAUGUCUGGGGGCCAUACAUACACUAUGGCGCAUGA